ACAACAACACAACCGUCACUCCCUGUUUUCGCCAAUGAAAAUAUUCUUGAUACAGCAGCGAUUUUUUGAUACUCGUCAAUUAUAAGCAAAAGAUUAGUGAUUUACUGUGAAAAAACUACUUCGAAAGGAUAUUCCUUUGCCCGUUGGCGUCCGGGUUCGAUAUCGGUUCGGAAUUCGUGUGAAACUAGCCGUAUACGCCCACCAAUAAUUGCCCUGCAAAAACGAUUUCCGUGGUGCACAAUGUUGAGUGGGAUCAUAUUACCGAGGAACUUAUGACGGAAAUACACGAUUGAUAUCUUAGCUUAGAUAAUCGCGUAUCGCCAUAUUUGUGACAAAUAAACGAUGAAUACCCAUACACUUGGAAGCGAUUCUAGCUGCUGCGGACAGCAGUCUGGCAAUAGAAGCGAUCAUGCUCUUUCCUACGACAAAGAAUGCUCAAUAAAAACUAAUACAUGGAGCUUGGGUAAAGGAUCCCAACAGUUACUAUGGAGUCUUUCCAGUAAAAGUAACGUAUCUACAAUGCAGCGGAAUUCCAGCACAUUGCAUAAACGAUUGUCCAGUUCACACAAUUCAUUAAGCGAUUCGGCAACCAAAAAAGUUGACGACUCGAUAUUCAUUACACAAGCUAUGUCGCACGAUGCCCUAGAUGACAACAAAAUAUUAGAUUUUUACAAUGUUCCUCUUGACUCGGAUAUAUACUCUGCCCCCAUAGACUACAUUACAAACCAGUAUACCAUUGAAUCAGUAUUGCACAAAUCGAAGUCUAGUAAGCCAGUCCCAUUUCAGAAAAACGAAUUUAAUUUGAAGAGAAGGCAGGGACCCGUACUACAGGAAGCGAACAAUAGGAAGCAAGUGAUCAACAAGAAAACGCAGUCGUCAUACGCUGCAGAACAUGAACGAGACCAGAAGAGGCGCACAAUUUCCAGCAAAGUUAGCGAGUGCAACAGCAAAAAGAAUAACUUUUCGUUCAACUUGAAGCAGAAGCUAUGCAACAUUUUUCGCAUCAGCAAACAUCAGCAAUAUUUAAGAGGCAAAAAAUCAUUUCUUGACGGUCAUGCCAAACAAAAUGUUUGCGGCACCAAGUCUAAAUCGAUAGAUGAUUACUACAAAAAGUCCAGUGUAUCGACGCGUAAACUACCACCACUGCCUAUGUCAGCGGAGAAAGCAACUGUACCAAACGGUAUUUCAUUGGAAGAAGCAAAGGAUUCGAACGAAACGCAUAAACAGGAUGAGGCUGCGCAUAUCAUGGAUUUUACGGCAAGCAUUGAUAAAGUGAAAGAUUGCGGCUGGUAUUGGGGUCCCAUAUCCUCAGAAGGAGCCGAAAAGAUCCUGUCGAAUGAACCCGACGGAAGUUUCCUAGUUCGGGAUAGUUCCGAUGAUCACUACAUAUUUUCCCUCACGUUCAAGCUGAAUGGAUCCGUUCGACACGUCAGAAUAGAUCAAGAUCAAGGUACAUUUUCGUUCGGAUCGUGUGCCAAGUUCAAAUCUCGAACUAUAAUGGAAUUCAUCGAAAACGCUGUGGAGCAUUCUAGGAGUGGUAGAUAUUUGUUUUUUCUACACAGGCGACCAGAACAUGGUCCUUUACGCGUGCAAUUGACAAAACCGGUGUCCAGAUUCAAACACGUACAAAGCUUGCAACAUCUUUGCAGGUUCGUCAUCCAUAAAACGAUAAUAAGGAAAGAUCUAAUUCAGACACUACCAUUACCACGGAGAUUGCUAGACUACCUUAAUUAUAAGAAUUGCCUUUCGGAACGAGUUGAGGUGGACAUGACUUCUCAUUUCGGACAAUGCGUAGGUGAUUUUUAAACUGUAUAUUAUUAUUACAAUUAUUAUUAUUACCUUAUCACUAUUAUUUAUAUAAAAAGUAAAUGUGAAUACUAGCAAUCCUAUGAAGCGUAAUCAUGUGUUUGUAAAGUUUAGUCAAAACUGAUCGAUAGAAUUGUGAUUUUUUAAUGGACGAAUAAAGAAAGUAUAAUAAAAUUAUACUUUACA